AUAGAGGAGGCUGUGCUCCCGUGCUGCAAUGGAGGGGGCAGGGACUUCAGGCAGAGAGAUGUUGGGGACUGAGGGAACCUUGCCCUCUCUCUGAUCUUUGGCGUAGCCCCUGCAGUGCGUACACCUGCCUAUAAAGACGGCUCUGGCCUAUGGGGUCUCUCUCUCAGAUCUGUGCCCCCUCCUGGCCCAGGGCGCAGAGAGAGGGCAAGGCGGCCCAUCGCAAUACCGGGCUGACUAGUGGGACUCCGGCGCCCCAGGAGGACUCUGGGUUGGGAUGCUGUGGCUCUCCCUGUGCUGGCGGCCGCGCUUCUGCUGCCGCCUCCGGGUUUCUUCUCUGAUUUGCUGCGAACCUGGAACAUUGGCGGCAGCCGGGUCACUGCAGGCUGAGGCACCCCUGUCCCUGCCCUCCCAGCGCUCGCUCCUUUCCUCUCCCGGUUUUCCUUCCGCGCUCCCCGCCUCUCCUCAGCACCUUGCCUCCUCCGCUCCGCAUCCUGCUGUCCUGCGGCUGCGGACGGCUCCUGCUGCCCCCAGUAGUGGGCUGGGCGGCGCGCGGCGAAUUUUCGCGCCGGCUGCGAUUGCCGUGCCCCGGCUGCAAUCGUGCUGCAUGGGAUCCGCUAGCCGAAGCCGAUCGCCUCCUGCUCAGCGCCGCGCUGCUGCUGCUGUUGACGGCGCCGCCCAGGUAGGUGCGGAGGGACCCCCACUCCCAUGCCACUCAUCGGCCGGGCGCUGCUCAGCGCGUCCCGCUGCCCCACCCCAGGAGCCUUCCAGCCCAACUUGGACAAACUUCGCACGCACUGCCCUGAACCACGCUGGCCAAGUUUGGGGCCUGGGCGGUCGCGCAGGGGGCGCCCUGCGGCGUACCCAGGAGUCUCGGGGCCAGGCUUCAAGGCUCCCGGGACGCGGAGCGAUAAGACGAACCGCCGGGAGAGCCCCGCGGCGGACCUCGCAGCGCCAGCUCCAACCAGUCGGGGUAGCCAAGGGAUCGGGAACGGACAGCGGCCUCACCGGGAACCGGAAACGGAGGUUUCCAGGCGAGCCCUUGGGGCACAGAGUAGAGAGCACCCUGGCCGUGCCCGUGCGCACUGACGCCCAGAACCUCUUGGUGUCCCACGUGGUGUUGGCGGCGAUAGCCCAGGAGAAGGUUUGGGCCCUCAGAGCCGCCCUGGUCCAGACCUCAGGCUUCCCGGGAGGCAGCGAGGAGGACCCUGGAGGCAGCCUCUUCUACAAUGUCACGGUCUUCUGCGGAGACUUGCACCUGUGGCUGCGGCCCAAUGCCCGCUUGGUGGCGCCAGGGACCAUGGUGCAGUGGCAGAGCGAGUCCUUUGUGGAGCGCUGCUUGGAACCUGCCUCCGAGACUUGACCGGACUGAUCCAAGCCUCC